AUGAGAAACCGUAAACUUGUUAAGAAGAAAAUCGAAAUAUCUUCAUCAAUGACAACUACUACACCGGCUCUGAUCACAUCUUCUUCAACAGCAACAACAACGGUUAUUGAUAAUGCAAAACGGAAAAAUGAAUUUAAUGAUGAAAUUUUGAAAUCCAAAAAUGAUUCAUCAAAUAAUCCAUUAUUCACAUCAGAGCGUUAUGAUGAAACAGUUGAAUUAAUAAAUGGUGCAAAAUUAAAACGCUAUAGUGAUAGAAAUGAACAAGAAAUAGCACUCUUAAAAACAUACGACGUAAUUAAUGUUGGCGGUCAACAGGAAUUAGUAAAAAAGAUUAGUUCAUCAGAAGCUGCUCAUGUUACAAUUGGUCAUCAUGGUAUUAAUAAUACAUUAAAAGAAAUCAAGAAAAAAUAUGCAAAUGUUACAGAAAGACAGGUGAAAUUAUUUAUCUCUGGUUGUCAUGAAUGUAAAAUAAAACGCUCAAAACCCAAAUAUUCGUCAAAAUUAGUCGUGCAAUCAGUUAUCUCAAAUGAUUUUAAUGCGCGUGAUCAUUUUACAAAAUUUUGUGUUUUAAGACCAAUGAAAACAAAAACAGCAGCAGAAGUAGCCUAUCAUUUAUUAGAUAUAUUUAUAAUGUUCGGAGCUCCGGCUACUUUACAAUCAGAUAAUGGUCGUGAGUUUGUGGCAAAAGUUAUUGAAGAACUAGCUGAAAUGUGGAAAGGUCUUAAAAUCGUUCAUGGAAGAGCGCGUCAUCCAUAA